AAGAUCUUGGGAACAGGAGCCUUUGGCACUGUUUACAAGGGAGUCUGGGUUCCAGAAGGGGAAACGGUGAAGAUUCCAGUGGCUAUAAAGAUACUCAAUGAAAGCACAGGACCUAAAGCCAAUGUGGAGAUUAUGGAUGAAGCACUGAUCAUGGCCAGCAUGGAGCAUCCUCAUCUGGUCCAUCUUUUGGGGGUCUGCUUGAGUCCCACUAUUCAGCUGGUAACUCAGCUCAUGCCCCACGGCUGCCUGCUGGACUACGUACAUGAACACCAGGAGAACAUCGGCUCCCAGCUGCUGCUCAACUGGUGCGUGCAGAUUGCAAAGGGUAUGAUGUACCUAGAGGAGAGGCGGCUGGUGCACAGGGACCUCGCGGCCCGUAACGUCCUAGUAAAAUCUCCAAACCACAUCAAGAUCACUGAUUUUGGACUUGCUCGACUGCUGGAAACCGAUGAAAAAGAGUACAGUGCGGAUGGAGGCAAGAUGCCUAUCAAGUGGAUGGCUCUGGAGUGCAUUCAUUACAGGAAGUUCACACAUCAGAGUGAUGUAUGGAGUUAUGGGGUGACUAUCUGGGAGCUGAUGACAUUUGGAGGAAAGCCCUAUGAUGGGAUUCCCACACGUGAGAUUCCAGACAUCUUGGAGAAGGGCGAACGUUUGCCCCAGCCGCCCAUCUGCACCAUAGACGUCUACAUGGUGAUGGUGAAAUGCUGGAUGAUUGAUGCUGAUAGUCGGCCUCGAUUCAAAGAACUCGCAGCAGAGUUCAGCCACAUGGCUCGAGACCCUCAGAGAUACCUCGUCAUACAGGGCGAUGAUCGCAUGAAGCUGCCCAGCCCCAACCACAGUAAGUUCUUCCUGAGUCUUCUAGAUGAAGAGGAGCUGGAUGACCUGAUGGACGCUGAGGAGUACUUGGUUCCUCAUUCCUUAAAUGCUCCUCCCAUUUCCCAUAUGCCCCACCCACAUGUAGAUUCAAAUCAAAACCAGUUUGGGUAUCAUGAUGGAAGUCUGUGCCCCGAAGAUGUAACGGGGUCCCGACCUCAUGAGGCAGGUGCUACAGGAAGUGGCCCCUUGGUCCUGGCAGGUAUGCAAAGAUCAGGUCUUGACCCAGUAGACGAGAAACACUGUAAUGGAAGCUUGAGGAAACAGCCCACAGCUCACUCAGUAGAGGACAGCAACGGCCAGCGUUACAGCGCAGACCCAACUGUCCCGCUGGGAGAGAAAGGACAGAGGGAAGAUACAGAUGAGGAUGGUUAUAUGUCCCCUAUGAAGGACAAGAUCUCCACAAAUCAUCUGAAUCCCGUUGAGGAGAACCCUUUUGUAAAAAGGCGUAAAAAUAAAGACCUUCACGCUCUAGACAACCCGGGUUACCACAGCACCCCUGAUGGAAAAUCCAAGUGUGAAGAUGAAUAUAUCAGUGACCCCCUUUACCUCAACACAUUCAACAACACCAGCGACAUGAACCAGGAGAUGUUAAGGAGAAAUGGAAUCUCUAUCCCAUUGCAGGUGACCACAGCGGCCCACACUCCAGACACCCACGUUCCCCACAUCACACAAAUGGGUAAACCCCAUCAUCACAGCCAUGGACUACACGUUCACUUCACCAUACCACCAGUUCAGCCUGUACACCCUGAUCAACAUACUCAUUCAGUUCAGUCGGUGCAUGAUUGCGGCAGAAAAUCUGGCCCUCCAGCACCAGCAGGCCAGAUCUGCCUAGUGAGCCAUCAACCAGGGCACCCAAGCAAAUCUAAUCAUUCGCCCCAACAGUUUCACUUGCCAAAGUCCAGUAAAGGUGGCACAACAGGCCUACCGGGUCACCCAGCGCAAGUGCACAAGAUGUACAAGAAUAGCUUUGACAAUCUCGAGUAUUGGCAGCACAGCCUCCCACCCAAGGUUACCCCUCAAAACUCCCAAGACUCUUCAGUGAUCUGCAAUAACAAGUUCCUUUACAAGCAGAAUGGCCUUGCCGUGGCUGAAAACCCUGAAUAUCUGUUAGGUAUGAAGCCAGGAACAGUCCUGCCUCCUCCUCCGUACCGGCAGAGGAACACUGUGGUCUAGUGUCCAGGUCUCCAUUCUCUGUAGAUCCUGGUUCUUCAACCAGCACCUUAAAUGUCUUUCCUUGAUCCUCUGGUGGUCAAAAAUGGGACGAGAAACAAUAUAAGCCACUGAACUGACAUUAUGUCACAGAAAAUAUGGCAUAACAACCAUGGGGGAAAAGGUCAACACAGCCCAUCCAAACAUCAUCCAUUCCCAAAGACCUCACCAGUCAUCCAGGAACUUUUUUUUCUCCUCUACAGGUAUUUUAAAGUUUCUCAUACAGGA